AUGUCUGCGCAGGGAAAACCGCUGAAAUCACAAUGGGAAAAACGAGGUGCAACAAAAGAUACAAGAAUUGUCGGAUGCAGAGAAAAAUGUAGAGAGGCCUCCGGUUUUGAUGGCUGCUUGGAGAAGGCCCGGUUGGAAACACAGCUCCCCCUGACGUUUGGGCAGGGAACAAAACUACUGCAGGAGAAAUGUACGGUUUGUCCGAUCCACGAUAGUGAUAUCUCCAAUGAGAUGAUGAUGAGGGUGGCGGCAUCGCUGAUGUCGGCUGACAAUAAAUUUGAAUAUAACAAGUUUCUUGUUCUAUCUCUCGACACUAGAGCAGCUAAAUUUGACGUGAAGUAUGAUGCAAAGAAUGCAGCUAAGUGGGGUAUUCUUCCAUGGCUAUUUUAUAAUGGCCAUGCGCCUAUCAUAGAUAUUUACUCCCGAGGUAGUGCAGACAUGACUGAUAUAUUAACAUCCAUACUUUUCCAAACUCAGCAUUCUGAGAAAAAUUAUCUUCGACUUAAGGAUGAUACAUUGAGUGGAGAUUUAGCUUCUGUGGAUGUAUCAACAAAGGAGAACCUGGAGGGGUUGAUUAAGGUAGGGAAUAAUAUGCUAAAGAAGCCUGUUUCCAGUAUCUGGAUCUGA